AUGGAGAGAAUUCGAAACGGCGGACCGAAAGCAAAUGGCUUUGCGACGGGGAAAAAGCUAAAUGGAGUUGAUCAACUGGCGUGGCACAAAAUUUCAUACAAAGCAUUGUUCGGCCUUCUCUUUGUCACUCCGGCCCUGGUACAGUAUAGUUUGGGUUUGCCUUAUUGGUGCUAUCCACUAACCUUCGCCGUCUUGUUUCUGCCAGUAUUUGGUGUCUUCAUGGUGGCAUUCAACCGAAUGUGUGUCGCUGAAAGCGGUACGAAAUCAACGAAUGUCAAACGGUUCAUUGAAUUCACAGACCAGGUUCUCGCUUCAAAAUACGCCAAUCGAAAAAUACCAAUGAUAGUCCUUUACGAGGCUUAUGCUGAUGGCAAGCUAGACUUCAAAUGUGAUGUGCUAGAAGCUUUAGAAAACCGUCACCAAUUCUGUACCUACGAACUGACAUUUGAACAUAUCAAGUUUUUGCUCUGUAAUUUUAUUCCUGAAGUGAUUUUUCAUUCAAGGAAUCAAGACGCCGAACAAGUUUGUGAUCACUACGACCGUGGCAAUGACUUUUAUCACGGAUUUCUUGGCCCCAUGAUGAUUUACACAUCAGGAAUAUGUAGAGAUGAAACGGAAAAUCUCGAAGAUAUACAGGUGAACAAGCUGAAGAGCGUGUGCGAAAAGUGUCAGUUGAAAGAAGGCGAGCGGCAUUUAGACAUCGGCUGUGGGUGGGGUACCCUGGUCAAUUAUGCAGCAGAAAAUCACGGAACGUACUCAACUGGCGUUACUAUAGCCAAUCGUCAAGUAGAGUGGGCUGAGGGAGUAGCAGAAGAGAAGAAGCUUGGUAGCCGCAGUAAAUUUCUCUGCCUAGACUACCGUGAUAUACCAAACGUGAAAUUCAACAAAAUCACAUGUCUGGAAAUGGCAGAGCAUGUUGGUGUGAGGAAAUUUCAAUCCUUCCUGGCCCAGGUUCGUGACAUGCUGGAGGAUGAUGGCAUCUUCUUCCUUCAAAUUGCUGGGUUGCGUCGAACCUGGCAGUGGGAAGAUUUCAUUUGGGGUCUAUUUAUGGCAAAAUAUAUCUUCCCAGGUGCAGAUGCAAGCUGUCCAUUGGGUUGGGUUGUCACUCAACUGGAGAAGGCUGGCUUUGAAGUCCAUUCUUCAGAAACCAUUGGGGUACACUACUCGCUGACAAUCAAUCACUGGUACGAUAAUUGGAUGAAGCCCCAAACCCAAGCUGCCAUGACAGAAAAGUAUGGCAGAAUUGUACGAAUCUGGAAUAUUUUCCUGGCAUGGUCAACCAUAAUAGCUCGUCAAGGCAAUUCAACUUGCACUCAGCUGGUAUGCCAUAAAAAUCUAAAUGUGUAUGAUCGCUUGAAAUUGUUCAAGGUGAAAUCUAAGUGAGUACUUUUUAUUCUAGCAUGAAACAAAUCUAGGUGUCUUGUGAAAGAGUCUUGAAUCGUGAUCUAGAAUAUUAAUGUUUGUUAACCUUUGUGACAACUACACAGUUGUCAUGGGGAAUUUUAUCAGCUUAACUACAUUGUGACUUAAAUUUGAAGGGACAAGUUAUUAUUUACAUGAUGAAAAAUGUGUCAAGAUGUACUUGUUAUUAAGUCUCAUCUGCAGUUUAAGCAUGAUUCCAUCAUAACUAAAAAUAAUUUGACACUUUUCUUUUUUAUUUACACUGAUCAUUAUGAUUUGAGUUUUGUUUCUUUCCCUCAUUUGAAUUUAUGUUGAACAUCAGUAAUUUUUGGCCAGUUGAACUGGCCAAUGGAAGGAUUUUUUGGAAAAUUAAAAGCAAGUUCUCUGACUGACUUGAGAAUUUUAUUUUACCUAGUCAGAAAUGUGUUUCCACUUUCAUUAGUAUCAAAUUUGAUUUCCUUCAUGUUACAUAUUUAACAAUAUUAGUCCAUUUAGAUUGACAGUUGUCAGAUAGAAUUUUUGAGAAAUGGAAAUUUAACUGGCUCAAAUAUCCACAAAGCAUAUAUCUUUCCCUGAGAACUGUUUAAUAUAUGAACAUGUUUGAUGAACAAACUUGUAAGCUGCUGCAAAACGCUCUGUCUGAUUCUAUUUCUUGAUUAGUUGUGUGAUAGUAACUACACAGUGAAAAGAAAAUAGAAAGUUUUGAAUUUACAUAUGAGUAAGCAAAUAGGGAAAAUUUACAUUUCAUUACUAAUGGGAACACAGCUUUUUUUUUCCUUUCUGCACUGUAAGAUUUACUUUUGGUGAAGAAAUGGGAGGUGGUCAGAUAGAACAGCUGUUUUAUAUAGCAGCAUAA